AUGAGGAGGUUUUUGGUUCCUAGAACAAGUAUUGAGAAAGUGAAUGUUAAGCAACCGGAAGCCGAAGUAGAAGAAACACCCCAUAAUGUGGCCAACGAUUUUAAUCCAAAUGAGAUUGUGCGUGAUUCAGGAUGUAGGAAACAAAUUCACGAGUAUGCUCCUGAUAUUCAAGACCAAGUGAGGAGGGCAUAUAUAUUGAAGGGUCCAACGCAACCAGAUUUAGCAAGAUUUCCUCGUACUCAAUUUGGGAAGUCUUCAAGAGCAUUUUGUAAAGCUUGGUAUAAGAGUUAUACAUGGAUUGAAUACAGUGAGUCAAAGGAUGCAACUUAUUGUUUCUAUUGCUUUCUUUUUAAGCCUCCCGGGAGGGCCGAACACUUUGGUGAUGAAGUCUUCAACAAAGACGGAUUUAAAGAUUGGAAGCAUGCAUCUAAAGGCUUUAAAGAUCAUAUUGGUAGUCAUGAUAGGAAAGUUGUGGAACGAUUUAUUGCUCUACAUCAUGUCAAAUAUACUACAUCUGAGGCACUAAAGGAUGCUCUUUAUGGUAUUCUCGAUCGUCACACGUUAUCUAUUUCAAGGAUACGAGGGCAAGGAUAUGAUGGAACUUCAAAUAUGAGAGGUGAUUUUAAUGGUUUACAAAGAAAGUUUCUAGAUGAAAACCCUUAUGCUUUCUAUGUCCAUUGUUAUGCUCACCGUUUGCAAUUGGUGGUUGUGUCUAUUGCUAGUAGUUGCUCAUCUAUUCAUGAUUUCUUUGAGUACAUUUCCUUGAUUGUAACCGCAAUAAGUGCAUCUUGCAAGAGAAAUGAUGCUUUGAAGGAGGCACAACACCGAGAAAUUUUGUAUAGACUUGAGAGUGGUGAGAUAUCUCAAGGAAAGAGCUUGCACCAAUCAUCUAGUCUCGCUAGACCCGGAGAUACUAGAUGGGUUGAUGAUGUUAAAGCUCGGUUGGCUACAUUGAGAGAGAGUGGUUGGGAUGAUUUAUUUAUUGAUGUCCAAGAAUUUUGUUUUGCUCAAAGUAUUCUAGUGCCAAAUAUGGAUGAAGAAAUACCGGUCCGGGGACGUUCAAGAAGAGAAGGGAGGACUGUCAGUAAUCUUCACCAUUACCGUGCAGAGAUUUUUUAUGUUGCUAUUGACAAAAUAUGUGUGGAGAUGGAUCACCGGCUUUGUGAAGGAAGUAACGUUGUGCUGGAUUGCUUCUCAUGUCUUGACCCCAAGAACUCUUUUUCCAAGUUUGAUGUUGAUAAGCUUGCUCGUCUUGCUAAUAUUUAUCAAGUAGACUUUUCUGAUGAUGACCGUGGAACAAUAAGGGAGCAACUUGAGACUUAUGUAGAAUAUAACUAUGUUGCAUGGAGUAGUGCAUUGUGCUUUGGAUUCCUUUUGGUGCACCUUUGA